AUAGAGUUUAUGUUUGACAUCUAUUAAAUUUGUAAUCAUAACUUUAAGUACAUUUAACUAAACUAUCAAAUAAAUAAUUUAAAGUAAACAUUUUUUUGCUUGUUAAUUGCUGAAAUUAUAUACGUUAAUAUUUAAAGUAUGGCCGACGAAGAAAAAAUUGAAAAUAUCCCGCAGAUUGAAGAAUCCCCAAAAAAAGGACCAACUUUAUCUACAAGCACUAGUAGUUUUGAACGUAACGAUCCACAUGAUCCAAAUUUAAGUUUAUUAUCUACAAAAAUGUUUCAAAAAAUAUCUGAAUAUUUGACUGGAGAGCUGAAUAUAACUGAAGAAGAUUAUAAACUACUUGAAAUAAUGAAUAAAGCUACUACACAAAAAUAUGCAUCAUAUAAACAUCUAACCAUAGAUAUCAGUAAUCAAAUUUUAGAAUUGAAUAAAAAAUAUAAAACAUUGGAACCUUAUUUAAUUCAAAUUGAUCAAAUAGAAGACAGUGUAUCCAAAUUGGAACAAGCUGCUUUUAAAUUAGAUUCCUAUGCAAAACGGUUAGAAGCUAAGUAUAAAAGUUUAGAAAAACGUCAAUAAUAUCAAUUGUUUUAAUUUGAAAAUACUAAAAUAUAUCUGCUGUGAUUUCAAAAAGUAAUCAAAAUAUUACUGAUAUUUAAUUGUAUAAUUUUGAUAUUAAAAUAAUGUAUGUCAUACUUUGUAAUUAAAAGUUGUAUUAUGUUUUUUUUUAUUAUUUUAGAACUAUUUAUUAAAUUUAUUAUAGUCCCUAAAUUG